ACAAGAUGGCGGACAACAGGAGAACAAAAACACAUGAGAAAAAAGUUUGUGCCGACUGAAGAACUAUAGAUGGAAUGGUGUAUUUCAGAGGGCUGAUAAACUUAACAACAAUCGCUUCAAAGAUAAAGUUCCUAAAUAGGGUUAACUACUAACAGCUGAUAUGGAAAGAGCUACACCAAGUGCCAGGGAUGUUGCAGCCAAGAUAUUUGGCAGAUCUGGGCUAGUAACCAGUACUAGAAACAUCAAGGCUCAUGUGACAACACCAUCUGAAGAUGCUACACCAAGAACACUUAUUGGAGGAAUCCUAGAUGCUGYAUCUGUCAGUAAAAGUAGCCUUGUUGCAUCACGGAAAUCAAAGCUGACCAAAAGCCCUGCCACAGGACCCCCACGAAAGAAAAAGAAAGCAAUAAGACAGUCUUUAGGAGACAAUGCUACCCCAAGGACAAUUAUUAAGAAUUUCUUAAUGGAAGCCUCACCAGAAACCCCACUAGUAGUGCCUCUCAAACUUCCUGAAAACCGUUUUCAAGAUAAUGAUAAUGAUACAAGCAGCCAAUCUCUGCCUCAUGACAUGCAAGCUUCAACAUCCUCUCUACAACAAGAUUCUACAACAACUGAAAAUGAGAUUCCAGACCAUGAAAUUGAUAGUCUGCCAAAUUCAGAAGAUAGUCAGACUCCUUUGGCUGGUGAAAUGAAAGAAGGAAAUGAUGCUUUCUUAAGGCAGAAUUCAGUGAAUAAAAACARUGAGGAUGCCAAGGUUUUAAGUCAUGUUCCAGUGAACACUGAAGCUGAUAUACCUGAAAUAGCACCUGAAGGAGUUAAUGAGUUCUCUACAAGAACAAUGACAAAUGAUGAACAAGAAUCUCACUCAGACAGUAUUCCAGAUGAAGACAUUAUUAUGCCAUCUGUCGACACCAGUUCUGAGCCUCCUGAAAAAAGUAGAUGGAAGGACUUAGUGACUCCCCAUCUACCUUUAAAGACAAGGAAGAUUCUCUUGGAAAAACAAACAGCGCAAGAAGAAGAGGAGGAGGAGGAAAGUAAAAGGGUCCCUAAAGCUGCAAGGAAACCACCAACAAUAAAUAAAAGAAUCAAAACAAAAAGCACUUCUUCUGGUGAUACAAACCUCCCAUCAGGCCUGGUCAAGAGCAUAUUUCAACAUUUCUCUAAAAGCAGGAUUUCAAAAAAUACUCUUAAUUCCAUAGAAAAGGGGUCCAGUGUGUUCUUCAAGCAAGUCUCAUCGGACCUGAUGGCCUACUCUAGCCAUGCUGGGCGAAGUACAAUAGAGAUUGGAGAUGUGGAACUACUCAUGAAAAGGCAAGGUUUCAUCACUGACAAGCAGUCAUUGAAUUCGCUUAUCGAGAAAUAUUUGCCCCUGGAAUACAGACAGGAGCUCAUUCCAGUAGUGCAGUCAGGCAACAACGUUGUGUUGAAAAAAUCUAAUUAAUGACACUCUUUUUCUCUCAAAGCUGUUAUACUUUCUCUUCUAUUCUUAUACUUCAAACAAUCUUCAUUGAUGGUUCCGAUACUGCCGCUACAUCUCACAACCCAUUGCGUCGUCAGUAGUAUAGAUUUGCACACCUAAAUUUCUGAUUACAGACAGAUUAAUUUCUUCUUGGUAUCGUUUGUAUUGGAAUUGUUAUUUAUACAAAAAAUCAGUUACAGAUAGUGAUUUUGUUUGUGGAAUAAGAUGCACACUGGAAAAAACCAGCUGUAAAGAGACUGGUUCAUCCUUUGUUUGCCAUGUAUAGUGUAGUUGACGAUUCGAAAAAUCUAUCCAUUAAGGACACCUUAAACUGUAUUUUCUUAUUUUCAUUUUUAAUAAAUCUUAUACCUCAUUCA